AGUGACAAUCGCUAAUACAUACAGCAUUGGUGAUUGGUGAAAUUAAGCUACAGUCAGGCGCCGUUGUCUGCAUUAUACUUGUUACAAUGCUUGUGAGUAUUUACGGUGUUAUGUGUUAUUCAUCUUGCGCAAUGCGAAUAUAAAACAGUUGUGAGUUUUUGUUUUAAUUUGGUUGCGAUGUGAUAGGAAUAGGCAUCUCUUAUCGUUUUUGUGCCAGUCAAAAAAUGACAUCCGAAAAUUUGGACACAACUAAUUAUAGUGGUAAGUGUUCGGAUUCGGAGGAAGAUUUCGCCCCUUUACGUUGCUGGGAGUGUAACGUCAACUUCACCAGCAAGCACUACCUAUACGCCCACCUCUUCCAUCACAUCAGACAACCUAGCGUCGUGCUCGAACGCGUCUCUCUGCCCCCCCUGAAGAUCACCCUCAAGAACAGGAGCGGCAACAGCUUCGAAAUUGUGAGUCCACCGCCUAGCGAAUCUCCGCUGAUAACCACUCCCGAAGUGAGCAACCCGGCGAAUAAUACAUCCAAUCUGGCCGAGAUAAAACAGGAAGAGGAAGCAGCGCAGGAAGAGCAGCCAGCUUCGUCUCCACUCGCACAGGAAACAGACGAAGGAGGGGAAGAAACGAACGGAGGAAGGGAGGUGGGAGCAGGCAGCGAGGACCAAAUCCUGUUCCCGCCGGCUUUCACUAACGUCGAGGAAUUCGGAUCAAAUCAAGUUCCAGGCUCGCCCUCGAGCGACGCGGGCACCUCCACCUCGACGGAUCGACCGACGGACACAGCCACGGACGGCCUCAUCCACAGCCACCCCAACAGUGACAGCAACAGCAAUGCCUCCGAGUACGGUGGCGUGCCAGGCGCCGAGCCCACGCCGCCGCCCGAGCCCACCAUCGACUACCCGAAGAUCCGGAUCAAGACCACCGGGCUGCUGAAGGAGCAGACGUCGCUCACCAUCACCGAGAUCACCGACGACAAUCCGGACGGGGAUCCCGGCUUCAGAGAUUUCUUUUCAGAUCGCAGCUCGGAUAACUCCAAUUUGUGGCCUACCCCAUCCCUGGAGGAUCCAUUGAAAUUGCCGGAUGGCGAUGACAACAUUCUAUCGCUUUUCAACAACAAUGACCGAGCCAAAGAUCUUGGCUUUCAUUCAAGUGACAAUGAAUUCAUUUCUCUUGAUAGAUUGGAGGAACGAAAUCGUGGAACAAUGCAAUUAUACAAUCCCAGCUCACAAAACUCUUCUGGAAAUCCUCUGGAUAGUCUUACUGGCUUACCGAUGCAAGCACUGGCUCAGCAAGUGUCAAGAUUACAACCUACUGCAAAUGGAAUGCACCAACAGAAUGUACUGAUCAACAUCCAACAGUUUCCAUCUGGACCUCCACAACCUACUUAUCAGCCACCACCUAUGUAUUCUUAUCCACAGCCUAUGCAUCAGCCCUACCAAUACCAGCCCUCUUACAGGCCGCCCAACCCCAUGUACUACCCGCCCGCCCCUGGCUACCCACCCCAACACAUGCCACCGCCGCCCCAACCACAGCUCGGUCCGCCCAUGAACCAGCAGAUGGGCCAGCCUCCGAUGGGCGGGCAGCAGCCGAUGGCCCAGAACCAGGGCCCGCCCACCUCGCAGCCGCAAGGUAUGGGCCAGCCGAUGCAGCAGCAGGGGCAGCCCUACAGGCAGCCGAUGCCGCCCCGGCAGAUGGCGCCGCGGCAGCAGCAACCCGUGAAUAGGAUGCCCAACGGGCCUAGGCAGCCCAUGGGACAACGCCAGCCGCUGACACGCCCCCGCCAACCGAUGACCCGCCCUAGAGGCGGCGGCGGGGCGGGCAUGACGGCGCUUCGGGCGGCGCGGCCCCGCCUCCAUGGCCCGCCCGUCAACGGCGUGCGGCCCGGCCACCAGAUGGCGCAGGGCAAGCGGACGCCCGAGCAGCAGGCGCAGCUGCAGGCGAAGAAGAAGCGUUUCGACGACAUGCUGGCGCCCGACAAGGACGACGACGACUGCCAGGUGAUCUGCAUGCAGCCGAAGAACAUGGACGGGGGGCUGCCACAGAUCGAGAGCGUGCAGAGUGUGCAGGGAGGAACAGCAGAGAGCAGCAUAAUGCAUCUGUCAGAUUCGAUCACACUCAGCGUGAGAAAUCCACCACCUAAAAGGGUCGAAAGUCCGAAAAAAUCGGACGCAAAGGCCGUCGCUAACAUUCUAGCGACUAGAGGCAUAACCGUCACAGCAACUGCGAAAGCCAAAGAAAAAGCAGAAUCUUCUCAGAAAAAUACCCCAAGUUUACCGGCUUCGCUGAAUUUGAACGGGGCCGUCAGUAUUAUACCUGCAGCGAAGAAUAACGGAGCACCUAAUAAGUCCUCGAACGAAGAAGCGCUACCCACCGUCGACCUCACGGACGACCUCUCGGCCGCCCAGUCGCUGUCCUCGCCACAGAAGCAGCGCCCCGGUCUGCCCUACCGCUGCGACCUCUGCCCCGCCCAGUACCCGAACGCGAUGGGCCUGAACAAGCAUCGGCAGACCUACCACAAGACGUCCGGCGGCAUGGCCGAGCUGGGCAUACCGCUGGUCAAUCUCAAGACGCCGGGCAUGCUGCAGAAGCUGAGCGCGAUGGGCAUCCACAACUACAUCCCGAUACCGUCUUCGGGGCCGGAGGGCACCUUCUGCGUGCCCAUCAUCAACGCGAGGAACCCGGGCAACGUGGGCAGUCUCGGGGCCACCACGAUGCUCUCUUUGGGGCCGAUACGGAGCAUUCCGAAGCCGUCGCCCAACAGUAUGAUGAAUGCUGCCAAACAGCCGAAUAUGCAGAAGUAGGAGGUUAUUUGCAUUCUGUGAAUGUGAUGUAUAUUAUGUACAGUUAGUUAAGUGUGUAUAGGGACUGGGUGUUCAUUUGGAUUUCCAGGCUUGAUGAUCUCGCCAAUGUUGGACUUGAUUUCUUCCAAAAGUGAUUUCAAUUUGAGAAUCACAGUAACAGUUUGAUUUAUGUGUAUUAUUUUCUUUAAGGCAUUCAAUGUUUUGUUCCAGAUUUGAAUCUCGUGAUUUGUCAAGACAAUGGAUAUAAUCCUUAAUGGAAUCUCAAAUGAUCACCUUGAAAAUGAGACUAGCCAUUUUUUUGACAAAUGAUUUUUUAUUUGUUUUCAAAAUGGCUUUUUGAUGUAGACAGAAUUUCCGAGCAGUUGUACUGCAUUUACGUUUAGGUUAAAAGUUCUCAGAAUGUUUAUAUUUGAUUUGGAAAUACGUUUUUAUAGACUGAUUUACCUGUAUACUAAAUAGUACGGUUGUUUCCUGAAUGUGCAAUUUUGUGCAAAAAUUUAGUUUAGAUAUUUUUGUACAAUACUUUAGUUCAUUUCCUUGUGAAUAAAAAGUAAUAAAUCUCUAAA